AUGGCUUUCUGGACGCAGCUGGGAUUGCUGCUAUGGAAGAACUUCACCUACAGAAGACGACAGACUUUCCAGCUGCUGAUCGAAGUUGCCUGGCCUCUGUUUAUCUUCUUCAUCUUGAUCUCUGUAAGACUUUCAUAUCCGCCCUACGAGCAGCAUGAAUGUAAGUACCAAACACAGCAGCUGAGCACAGCAGGAACCUUGCCAUGGAUACAGGGGAUCAUCUGCAAUGCCAACAACCCUUGUUUCCGCUACCCGACUCCUGGGGAAUCUCCUGGUGUUGUUGGGAACUUCAAUGCCUCCAUUGUUUCCCGCCUGUUCUCAGAUGCCAAGAGGUUACUUUUGUACAGCCAACAGGAUACGAGCAUACGGGAUGUCCAGAAGGUCCUGGGAAAACUGCGCAAGUUGGGAAAUUCCUCUGGCACAGACUUGAAACUUCGGGAUUUCCUGAUUGACAAUGAGACAUUCUCAGACUUCCUCCAUCAUAAUGUGUCCAUGCCAUCAUCUGCAGUGCAGGAGCUACUGGAUGCAGAUGUCAACCUCCAGCAGGUCUUUUUAUUCGGUUACCGAAUGCGACUGCGAGAUCUCUGCAAUAGAUCAGCACUGUCUGAAUUUCUUAGAAUCCAAAAUCAGACGGUGGCCACGGACUCCGAAGCCUACAUUUGCACCUUGCCAAAGGAAAAACUCCAUGCAGCCGAACAAGCCUUCCGUGCUAACCUGAAUCCUUUGAAGCCCCUUCAGAGACUUUCUUUCAAUUCAUCAUUGUGGGACCUGUCAGAAACAGUGGAAGCUCUGAAAGAGAGCCUUCAGAAGCUUGUUAAAGAGUUGCUGAGCAUGAAGAGCUGGAGUGACAUGAGGCAAGAGGUGAUGUUCCUGACCAAUGUGAAUGCCUCGAACUCCUCUACACAGAUCUACCAGGCUGUGUCACGUAUUGUGUGUGGCCAUCCUGAAGGUGGAGGGCUCAAAAUUAAAUCUCUCAACUGGUAUGAAGAUAACAAUUACAAAGCACUGUUUGGAGGCAACGGCACUGAAGAUGAUGUAACUAACUUCUAUGAUAACUCCACAACACCGUACUGCAAUGAGCUGAUGAAGAACCUGGAAUCCAGCCCGCUUUCCAGGAUUAUCUGGAGGGCUUUGAAACCGUUGCUGAUUGGGAAGAUCUUGUACACUCCAGACACACCAGCUGUAAGGAAGGUCAUGACUGAGGUGAACAGGACAUUCCAGGAGCUGGGUGUGUUUCGUGACCUCGGGGGGAUGUGGGAGGAGAUAAGCCCGAAGAUUUGGACGUUUAUGGAAAGUAGUCAGGAAAUGGAUCUCAUUCGGACAUUGCUGAAAAGCAAAGCUCUCUGGGACCUGCACUUGCCGGCUUCCAACUGGACAGUGGAGGAUGUUGCUCGGUUCCUCUCAAACCAACCAGAGGACUUUGAGACAGCAAAUGACUCGGUGUAUACCUGGGUGGAUGCCUUCAAUGAGACAGACCGCGCUAUCCAGACCAUAUCCCGUUUCAUGGAGUGUGUUAACUUGGACAAACUGGAGCCUGUGGCCACAGAAGUACGGCUUAUAAACAAGUCCUUGGAGCUUCUGGAUGAAAGGAGGUUCUGGGCUGGUGUAGUCUUCACUGAAAUAGCUCCUAACAGCACAGAGCUCCCUCAACAUGUGAAAUACAAGAUACGCAUGGAUAUCGAUAAUGUGGAAAGGACCAACAAGAUCAAGGAUGGGUACUGGGAUCCUGGUCCCCGUGCUGACCCCUUUGAGGACAUGCGCUAUGUUUGGGGAGGCUUUGCCUACCUGCAGGAUGUGGUGGAACAGGCCAUCAUCAGGGUGCAGACAGGCACGGAGAAGACAACAGGCGUUUAUGUGCAGCAGAUGCCCUACCCUUGUUAUGUGGAUGACAUAUUUCUGCGUGUCAUGAGCCGCUCUAUGCCUCUCUUCAUGACUUUAGCCUGGAUCUACUCAGUAGCUGUGAUAAUUAAGGGCAUUGUGUAUGAGAAGGAGGCCCGGCUGAAGGAGACAAUGAGGAUUAUGGGACUUGACAAUGGCAUCCUUUGGCUAAGCUGGUUCAUUAGCAGCCUCAUCCCUCUCCUGAUGAGUGCAGGCUUGCUGGUGCUGAUCCUUAAGAUGGGGAAUCUGCUGCCAUACAGUGACCCGAGUGUGGUCUUUGUUUUCCUCUCGAUCUUUGGCGUUGUGACCAUCCUGCAGUGCUUUCUCAUCAGUACCAUGUUCUCCAAGGCCAACCUGGCAGCUGCCUGUGGUGGCAUUAUCUAUUUCACACUGUACCUGCCGUAUGUGCUGUGUGUUGCCUGGCAAGACUAUGUCAGCUUCUCACUCAAGAUAUUUGCGAGCCUGCUGUCUCCAGUGGCCUUUGGCUUUGGUUGCGAAUACUUUGCACUGUUUGAAGAGCAGGGAGUUGGUGUUCAGUGGGACAACUUCUUUGAGAGCCCAUUGGAAGAAGACGGCUUUAGCAUCACCACAUCUGCUGUCAUGAUGAUGUUUGACACCUUCCUAUAUGGUGUCAUGACCUGGUACAUUGAAUCUGUCUUCCCAGGCCAGUAUGGGAUUCCCAGGCCCUGGUACUUUCCUUUCACGAAGUCGUAUUGGUUUGGUGAGAAACCACAGGACAGGGAGCACCGUUAUCCUGACCAGAAAGGGCCUUCAGAAGUCUGCAAGGAGGAAGAGCCUACACAUCUAAGCCUUGGUGUUUCCAUACAGAACCUGGUCAAGGUUUAUCGUGAUGGCAAGAAAGUUGCUGUAGAUGGUCUCACACUGAACUUCUAUGAAGGACAAAUUACCUCCUUUCUGGGACAUAACGGAGCAGGGAAAACCACUACCAUGUCCAUCUUGACUGGCUUGUUCCCCCCAACGUCGGGUACAGCCUUCAUCCUGGGCAAAGAUAUCCGCUCUGAGCUCAGCAACAUCAGACAGAACCUAGGUGUCUGUCCACAACACAAUGUGCUGUUUGACUUGCUGACUGUGGAGGAGCACAUCUGGUUCUACGCACGGCUCAAAGGACUGCCGGAAAAGAAAGUGAAAGAGGAGGUGGAGCAGAUGGCAGUGGAUGUCAGUUUGCCUCACAAACUGAAAGCUAGGACAAGCAAACUCUCUGGUGGCAUGCAGAGGAAGCUCUCAGUUGCCUUAGCCUUUGUUGGUGGCUCCAAGGUUGUCAUUCUGGAUGAGCCUACAGCUGGGGUGGAUCCUUAUUCUCGCAGAGGGAUAUGGGAAUUGCUCCUGAAGUAUCGGCAAGGUCGCACUAUCAUUCUCUCCACACACCACAUGGAUGAGGCAGACAUUCUGGGGGACCGGAUUGCCAUAAUUUCUCAUGGCAAGCUCUGCUGUGUUGGCUCUUCUCUCUUCCUGAAGAACCAACUGGGAACAGGCUAUUAUUUGACCCUAGUCAAGAAGGAUGUGGAUUCCUCUCUGAGCUCCUGCAGAAACAGCAGCAGCACAGUGUCCUAUCUGAAGAAGGAUGACAGUGUUUCCCAGAGCAGCUCUGAUGCCGGCCUUGGCAGUGACCAUGAAAGUGACACGCUGACAAUAGAUGUCUCUGCAAUUUCAAAUCUCAUUACAAAGCAUGUUCCUGAGGCCAGGCUGGUAGAGGAUAUCGGCCACGAAUUAACCUAUGUCUUGCCGUACAAGGCUGCUAAAGAGGGAGCUUUCGUGGAACUGUUCCAUGAAAUUGAUGACCGUCUUGCUGAUCUUGGCAUUUCCAGCUACGGCAUCUCUGAAACCACUCUGGAGGAGGUCUUUCUGAAAGUGGCUGAUGAUAGUGGCGUGGAUGCAGAAACCUCAGAUGGGACAUUGCCAGCCAGAAGGAACAGGCGUGUGUUUGGAGACAGACAGAGCUGCCUUCGUCCAUUUACAGAAGAUGAUGCAUUUGAUCCUAAUGAUUCAGACAUAGAUCCAGAAUCCAGAGAGACAGACCUUCUCAGUGGCAUGGAUGGGAAAGGAUCCUACCAGAUGAAAGGCUGGAAGCUCACCCAGCAGCAGUUCAUGGCUCUGUUGUGGAAGCGGCUGCUUAUUGCCAAGAGGAGCCGGAAGGGCUUCUUUGCUCAGAUCGUGCUGCCCGCUGUCUUUGUGUGUAUCGCUCUCAUGUUCAGCCUGAUUGUUCCUCCCUUUGGAAAGUAUCCCAGCCUAGAAUUACAACCCUGGAUGUAUGAUGAGCAGUACACUUUUAUUAGCAAUGAUGCUCCAGAAGAUCCAGGCACUCAGGUGCUUUUGGAUGCCCUUCUCAGUAAACCUGGCUUUGGUACACGCUGUAUGCAGGGACACUCCAUCCCAGACACUCCUUGUACUGUGGGGCAGACAGAAUGGACCACUGCUUCAGUCCCAGACUCAGUCCUGAACAUCUUCUUGAAAGGCAACUGGAGCAUGGAGAACCCUUCCCCAUCUUGCGAGUGCAGCAAUGAGAAGAUCAAGAAGAUGCUGCCUGUGUGUCCCCCUGGUGCAGGCGGGCUGCCACCACCACAGCGUGAGCAAGAUACUGCUGACAUCCUCCAGAAUCUGACAGGUCGCAAUAUAUCAGACUACCUCGUGAAGACGUACGUGCAGAUCAUUGGGAAAAGUUUAAAGAAUAAGGUCUGGGUGAAUGAGUUCAGGUAUGGUGGCUUUUCCUUGGGAGCCAGCAGUUCCCUCAUGCUUCCUCCAAGCCAUGAAGUCACUGAUGCCAUUAAACAAGUGAAAAAAAUCUUGGAGCUAGCACAGGGGAGUUCUGGAGAUCGGUUUCUCAACAGCUUGUCAAGUUUCAUGAAAGGCCUGGAUACAAAGAACAAUGUGAAGGUGUGGUUCAACAACAAGGGCUGGCAUGCCAUUGCCUCCUUCUUGAAUGUGAUAAAUAAUGCCAUCCUUCGGGCUAACCUGGAGCAGGGAAAAAAUCCUAGUGCUUACGGGAUCACUGCCUUCAAUCAUCCACUCAACCUCACGAAGCAACAGCUCUCUGAAGUGGCCCUGAUGACCACCUCAGUGGAUGUCCUAGUCUCCAUCUGUGUGAUCUUUGCCAUGUCCUUUGUUCCUGCCAGCUUUGUGGUUUUCCUUAUCCAGGAACGUGUCAGCAAGGGUAAACACUUGCAGUUCAUCAGUGGUGUGAAACCUGUGAUCUACUGGUUGGCCAACUUUGUCUGGGAUAUGUGCAACUACAUUGUUCCAGCCACGCUAGUCAUCAUCAUCUUCAUCUGCUUCCAGCAGAAGUCCUAUGUAUCCUCCUCCAAUUUGCCUGUCCUGGCUCUCCUUCUGUUUCUCUAUGGGUGGUCCAUCACCCCUCUGAUGUAUCCAGCCUCCUUCGUGUUCAAAAUUCCCAGCACAGCAUAUGUUGUCCUGACCAGUGUGAACCUCUUCAUUGGCAUCAAUAGUAGUGUGGCCACCUUUGUCCUGGAGCUCUUCACCAACAACAAGCUGAACAACAUCAAUGACAUUCUGAAGUCUGUUUUCCUCAUCUUCCCCCAUUUCUGCUUGGGGCGGGGACUCAUUGACAUGGUGAAAAACCAGGCUAUGGCUGAUGCUCUGGAGAGGUUUGGAGAAAAUCGUUUUGUGUCUCCUCUGUCAUGGGAUCUGGUGGGAAGGAACCUCUUUGCCAUGGCAGUAGAGGGCGUUGUCUUCUUCCUCAUCACAGUGCUCAUCCAGUACAGGUUCUUCAUCAGACCCAGGCCUGUCUAUGCCAAGCUGCCUCCUGUGAAUGAUGAAGAUGAGGAUGUAACCAGAGAAAGACAGAGGAUAAUUAGCGGAGGAGGACAGAGUGACAUCUUGGAAAUCAAGGAGCUAACCAAGAUUUACAGAAUGAAGCGAAAGCCAGCUGUUGAUAGGAUCUGUGUUGGAAUACCCCCUGGAGAGUGCUUUGGACUCCUGGGAGUAAACGGUGCGGGCAAGUCAUCCACUUUUAAGAUGCUGACUGGUGAUACAGAUGUGACGGGAGGAGAAGCUUUCCUCAAAGGAAACAGUAUCUUGUCCAACAUCCAAGAAGUCCAUCAGAACAUGGGCUACUGCCCACAGUUCGAUGCUGUUAAUGAGCUGCUGACAGGGCGAGAGCACUUGGAGUUCUACGCACUCCUGAGAGGUGUUCCAGAGAAAGAAGUCUGCAAGGUUGGCGAGUGGGCAAUUCGGAAACUGGGUCUUGUGAAAUAUGGAGAAAAAUAUGCCGGGAAUUACAGUGGAGGGAACAGGCGCAAGCUCUCCACAGCCAUUGCCCUCAUUGGAGGGCCACCUGUGGUGUUCCUGGAUGAGCCAACAACAGGGAUGGAUCCCAAAGCACGACGUUUCCUGUGGAACUGUGCUCUGAGUGUAAUCAAAGAGGGAAGAUCAGUGGUGCUCACAUCUCACAGCAUGGAAGAAUGUGAAGCCCUGUGCACCCGCAUGGCGAUAAUGGUCAAUGGGCGAUUCAGGUGUCUGGGCAGUGUCCAGCAUCUAAAGAACAGGUUUGGAGAUGGUUACACAAUAGUGGUGAGAAUUGCAGGGGCAAACCCAGACCUGAAGCCAGUUGAGGAGUUCUUUGGGCAUGCCUUCCCUGGAAGUGUCCUGAAGGAAAAGCAUCGGAACAUGCUGCAGUACCAGCUUCCCUCUUCACCAUCGUCCCUGGCCAGAAUAUUCAGUAUUCUCUCCCAGAACAAGAAGAGACUCCACAUAGAAGAUUACUCCGUUUCUCAGACCACACUUGACCAAGUAUUUGUAAAUUUUGCUAAGGACCAAAGUGACGAUGACCACACUAAGGAUCUGUCACUGCACAAAAACCAGACUGUGUUAGACAUUGCAAUCCUUAAUUCCUUCCUUCAAGAUGAGAAGGUAAAAGAAAGUUGUGUGUGAGCCACUUUCAGCAAAGAAAUGAUGAGCAGAAUGCAAACUUCUUUUCCCUGGGAUAGGAUACUCCCAAAGAAGCUAGAGGAAGAGAAACUGGACACUCUACUGAUAACCAUUCAAUGCAAUGCAAUUCAAUGCAACAGAAACAAAAUUCCUUUACGGGGCAGUGCCUCAUGGAGUCGUCUUGUACUGUUCUGAAGUGAAAGACUUGAACUUAGCUCAUUACAGUAUAACUCUGAAGCUGUGGUAAAGCACCCACCAGAUGCUGUGGGAUUUCAGCUAUACUGUGUCUUGUCCUGUACAGUAUGCUUUUACUAGCAUUGCAGAAAUAGUUCACUGUGGAAUCGUGGCCAGUGGUUAUUUAUAGGUAUUUUAGACAUGCAUGUUUUAGUCUUUAAAACAUCCGUGUUGUGAGUGGGAAU